GAUUGAUUGACUAUUGUUUGUGGUUUGUUUUGAGUUUUGUGAUUUGAGUGAGAAAUAAUUGAGAUUAUUUUUCUUCUUAGUACCUAGGUACCUAUUGAAAAAAAUUGUACCCGUAUACACGAAAUUUGUGAUCAAAAACACAAAAACUAGAUUAUAGAGAAAUAAAGGAAGUAGUACUCAUUAAAUUAUUCGUUAGUUACGAAAUCAUGAUGGCAGGUAAUAGAAGAGACAGAUCACGUUCACCUACAAGAGUAGACACUACUGGACGUCGUCGAGAGAGCAAAACUCAAGAUGUUAACAAACAAACUGGAGAUAAUAAUAUAGGAAAUGCCAAUGUUAUGAAUCCCAUGUUGAUGCAAAACAUGUAUCAACAAGGAAAUAUGAUGAUGGGAGGUAUGUACCAAAAUAUGAUGAUGGGAAAUAUGAUGGGAGGAGGCAUGAUGCCAUCUACUGGAAUGGAAAUGAUGUCAAACACUGCCUUGAGUACAGGUAUGGGAGCAACUAUGGGUACUGGCAUGGAAAUGAUGCAACAGACUCCAAUAGAUAUGGGUUCUAUGGCUGCUCCUAUCCCAGCACCUCCACUACCACCUGGCCCUGCGCCAAUGGAUAUAAGUAUGAUGGGGGGUAUGAUGAUGGAUCCAUCAAUGAUGGGUAUGUACCCAAAUAUGACUGCUGACAUGACAACCGUUCAGGAGAAAAAAGAAAUAAUUUUAAAGCAUUGCAAGCUCACCCCCCCUGCUCCUGGGUCUGCACCACCGCCUAGACGUGCCCGACCACCAGGCUGUCGCACAAUUUUUGUUGGAGGGUUGCCUGAAAAAAUUAGAGAAAGUACUGUAAGAGAUAUAUUUGAACCAUAUGGAAGGAUACACACAUUGAGAUUGUCAAAAAAAGAUUUCUGCCAUAUUAGAUUUGACAGGGAAAGUUCUGUGGAUGCUGCCAUGCAGUUAGCCGGAUAUCGAAUCAAGUUAAUCAGCAAGGAUGAUAAGGAUGAAGAGGAUGAUUCUAAAUCAACCACAGGAUGGUUGCACGUCGAUUAUGCAUUGAGCAGAGAUGAUCAAAAUGAGUAUGAGCGUAAGCAGCGCCAGGCGUUGCGACAACAACAGGCCCAGAUGCAACAGCUGGCGCAGCAGGAAAUGGCCACCCGCACUUUGGGAGGCUUGGGGGGCGGCUUCCGCAGGUCACCGUCUCCCGUCAGAAUCCAGCCAUUCUCUAAUGCAGCUAUUGUCCAACUUAAUGAAAAGAUCAAGAGUGAAGAGCAUUUCGCAAGUACAAUUCCUACUUUGAUUGCAUGGCUGGAGAGAGGAGAAUGUUCAAAGAAAAAUUCAAAUCAGUUUUACUCUAUGAUACAAGCAACAAAUUCUCAUAUUCGUCGGUUAUUCAAUGAAAAAAUGCAGGCAGAAGAAGAAUUGCAAGAAUGCAGGGAAAGGGUUAAAAAUCACAUAGAAAGGGUUAUAGAACAACUCGAGCAGGUGGCGAAAGUAUUCUCAGCGGCAGGCCAUCAGCGCGUUUGGGAUCAUUUCACUAAGCCUCAGCGGAAAAACAUUGAGACAUGGCAGAAAAUGACACAGGAGUUCAAUUCUCUAAAAGAAGAAUUUAUGGAAAAAUUCUUCAAUGAAGAUAAUGAAUAUAACAAUGGUUACAAUAACAAAAGUCUUUCGGACAUGGGAAGCAGUGAUGAAGUACAGAAGUUGAAGCUAGAAAAGGAGAGUCUUCAGUUCCAACUGGAGGCAUACAAGAAUGAAGUAGAAGUCAUAAAGGCAGAUGCGCAAAAGGAAAUGGAGAAGUUCAAGGCACAGUUCAUAGCGCGCCAAGCGCUUCAAGGCGUCGUAGAAAAGAAUCCGCCGUUGCCGCAGCCGGUGGUGAAGCCGCCGCCGCCGCCGCCGCUGCCGGACGACCUCGACACCAAGGUGCAGCUCACGCAGGCAGUGGAGGCCGGCUGCGGGGAGGCCAAACUUAUUGGCGUAAUGUCCGCUUUUCUACAGGUGCACCCGCACGGCGCCAGCCUGGACUACGUGGUGUCGUACGUGCGCGCGCUGUUCCCGCACGUGACGCAGGCCACCAUCCACCACGUGAUGCAGAAGCACCCCGACGUGUUCGAGCGCUCCACCAGCGGCGUCGGCGCGAACAUCGAGAGCCGCUGGUUCUUCAGCGCAUUCAAGAAAGACGAAAAACCCUAGCGCAAACGUAAGAAGUACCGCAUCAAGCCGCUUAGCAUUGCAAUGACAUUCAUGAAAUAGGCUAGUGGUCACAGUGUAGUGAUAGUGCAAUUGACUUCAUACUUAUGUGAAUGUGUUGAUGUGAUAGUUAUAUAAAUCAUCUUUUAACUGUAAUACCGUUAUGUCAUGUUAUUUAUUACGUAAUGUACCAGUAAAACGAAUACUAUAUUAAACAAUAUAUAAUUCCAUAGAACUGAAGUAGAUUAUUAAAAUACUUCAAAAUAUUAUAAA